AGCCCGAGCAUCAGAGCGGAAUGCGCGCUCAUUCCAGUCAUGUAGAGCCCUUAUCUGGGAAUGAAGAGAUGUGCUGGAGCCCUUGGCACCCAUAUGCCCCAUUUGCAUUUUAACGGUUGGCAUUAGAAGCAUACUCAUACUUCAGUUGCUUUGUGACAGCAGGUGAAGGUGGAGGAAUCAUCCACACACCUCUUUCUCCAGUAGUUCACUAGAAAACUAUGGUCAUGGCCGCUCAGGACCAAAAGCCGUCGCAACGGGCUCCGGUACGCGUGGGAUUUUACGAUAUUGAGCGCACACUGGGGAAGGGCAAUUUUGCAGUUGUGAAGCUGGCGAGACACCGAAUCACAAAAUCUGAGGUGGCCAUUAAGAUCAUAGACAAAACCCAGCUAGAUGCGGUGAAUCUGGAGAAGAUCUACAGAGAAGUGGAAAUCAUGAAACUGCUGGACCAUCCUCACAUCAUCAAGCUUUACCAGGUCAUGGAGACCAAAAACAUGCUCUAUCUAGUCACAGAAUACGCCAGAAAUGGAGAGAUAUUUGACUACCUGGCCAGCCGCGGGCGGCUCAGUGAGGUGGACGCGAGGAAGAAGUUCUGGCAGAUCCUCUCAGCGGUGGAGUACUGCCACCAGAGAAACAUCGUACACCGAGACCUGAAGGCUGAGAACCUGCUCCUGGACACUCAUAUGAACAUGAAGAUAGCAGAUUUUGGCUUUGGGAACUUUUUCCGUCCAGGGGAACCCCUGACAACUUGGUGUGGCAGCCCCCCGUAUGCGGCUCCAGAGGUGUUUGAGGGACAACAGUAUGAGGGUCCACAAUUGGACAUCUGGAGUAUGGGGGUGGUUUUGUACGUUUUAGUGUGUGGCGCUCUUCCAUUUGAUGGCCCUAGCCUUCCUGUCCUCAGACAGAGGGUCCUGGAGGGUCGUUUCCGCAUCCCAUACUUCAUGAGCGAGGACUGCGAGCACCUGAUCAGGAAGAUGUUGGUUCUAGAUCCAGCCAGACGUUUGUCUCUGAGUCAGAUUAAAGAGCAUCGCUGGAUGUUGCAGGAGGUCCCGUCCCAGCGGCCUGUGCUCUACAGACAGGGUUUGCCCUGCGAGAGUAAAUCAGGUUUGGGGGAGCACAGUGAGCAGGUGCUGCGCCUCAUGCACAGCCUGGGAAUCGACCAGCAGAAGACCAUUGAGUCUCUCCAGAACAAAAGCUAUAACCACUUUGCUGCUAUCUACUACCUGCUGGUGGAGCGGUUGAAGGCGCAUCGCAGCAGUUUCCCUGUGGAACAGCGUUUGCACGCCAGCCAGCGCCGCCCCAGCACCGUCGCCGAGCAGACUGUUGUCAAGACCAUUGCGGUUCCCUCUCAAGCGGGCGUCCCGCCUCAGGCAGCACGUCAACUGCGUUCACCUGUUUUGCUGCAGUCCACCGCAGAAACAUUUACCUUCCCACAAAGCCCUGCUUCCCCAGAUCAGACGCUCAUGGAGGAAGACGUGGCUACUCCUAAGGUGGACGGCUGCUUGCUGGACCCGCUUCCUCCAGUCGUGGUCCGCAAAGUCAGCGGCUCGCUGCCUAGCAACGUUAUGGAGACAUCCAUUGAUGAGGGCAUUGAGGCGGAGGAAGAGCACACUGUUCCCCUCGCCGCCUUUCAUACAGCUCGAUUCAGCCAGCGCCGCCACACGCUGUCUGAGGUCACCAACCAACCUGCUGCGCUGCCUAUUACAGAUCUGAACCCCUCCCUCAGCAGCAUGGACUCGCAGUACAGCAUGGGUUCAACUCAGAGCGACUGCAGCUUUCCUGAAGAGAGUCCAGCAUUUAACUCUACACCUGCCGGCUCCACAGCUCCAGUCUUCCUCAGCAUGAAGCCGCCUGAAGCCUGCCUGCAGACUCUCAAUCCACAGGGACACAAUCACUCAUUAGUCAGCUUCCGAGAGGGGCGAAGGGCUUCAGACACCUCUCUCACACAAGGGUUGGUGGCAUUCAGACAGCACAUCCAGAACCUGGCCAGGACCAAGGGCUUCCUGGAGCUCAAUAAAGCGCAGAUCGUGUUAGGAGAUGGUGGAGCAUGCGGAAACCCCAUGAUCAGCCCUCAGGAGCUCCUAGAGCCUCACCAUCCCCUCAGCCACCAGGGAGAAGGACGGCUGUGUCUUGGUGGAAAAGAUACAUCAACAUUCACUGGUAAAAUGCACCCUUAUUUGCUGUCCAGGAGACAGAGUCUGGAGACACAGUACCUCACUCAGCGCCUACAGAGAGCCAGUCAGUUGGCGAGCGGUCUCGGAAGUGGCCAGAUGUUUUGUAAAGAGGCUGCACCGCGCACUUUAGAGCAACAACUCCAGGAGCACAGACUCCAACAGAAGAGGCUCUACCUCCAGAAGCAGUCUCAGGUUCAGGCCUACUUCCAUCAGAUGCAGCUGGCAGAGGAUGCUUACCCUCCUGCCCAGGACCCCCAGAUCAGCAGCAGCCCCCUGCCCAGCCCUCCUUUCACACGGACCCAAACCCUGACCCCUUUUUUGGAGCCCGGAACCUCGUCCCUGACAUACGGUCCCAAGUCUGCCCGCUUCCCAGACUGGCCUUCGCCACCCAAAAACCACAUCAACUACACCCCAUCCCUUCCUACAGAGCCCCAGUACGCAUGGAGUCCUGCCCAGCCUCCUCUGCCCCCAGGUAAAGCCGAGACCCCUUCAGCGCAACCCGCACCCGAAGCCCCUUUCCUGGACUGCGAGAUGAUGGAGACCGUAGAGCCUCCGCAAGGCUGUGUCCUUGUAAACUAAACCUGAAAUGAAGCACUCUGAGACUGGUUCUCAGGCUUACUUCCACCAAAUGCAGCUGGCAGAGGGUACUUACCCUCCUGCCCAGGACCCUUAGAUCAACAGCAGCUCCCUGCCCAGCCCUUCCUUCACACAGGCCCAAACCCUGACCCCUUUUUUGGAGCCCGGCACCUUAUUCCUGACAUACGGUUGCAUAUCUGCCCGCUUCCCAGACUGGCCUCCGCCACAGCAACUACACCCCAUCUGUUCCUACAGAGCCCCAGUACGCAUGGAAUCCUGCCCAGCCUCCUCUGCCCCCAGGUAACGCUGAAACCCCUUCAGCGCAACCCACACCCGGAGCCCCUUUCCUAGACUGCGAGAUGAUAGAGACCGUAGAGCCUCCACAAGGCUGUGUCCUCGUAAACUAAACAUGAAACAAAGCACUCUGAGGCUGGUUCUCAGGCUGAAGAUGUGGUGAAAAAAAGCGCCCUCAGGGACGAACAAGUCGCCGUGGUUUACACCACAUUUUACAAACCUACAGACGUGCACUUGAUCCUGUGGUAGACCAUUACAGACCUUCAUGUUCAAAGAUGUUUGUGAGAUGCGCUAGUGUUUUCUUUUUUCUCCAGUAAGCACAGAUGACAUGUAGUGCAGCUACCAUAGAGUUUAAAAAUCAGUAUUAAAGCAAUAUUCCUUUUCCUAUAUAAUAGUUCUACGAGUUUGUGUUUUUAUAAGUAGUUCUUUUCAUCCUUAAAUGAUCAGUAGCUACUCAAGAUUUCAUUAUUAGUAGUAUCGUGUGAUUUUUAAAUAAUAAUUAAAAGAGAAAUGUGUAAAUAUUAGAAUUUAUCUAAGGAAUGGAACAUAAUUAUUAGAAAUAAUGUUGAAAUCAACAUGAAACUGCACUCAAAAGAUUUGGUGUGUGUGAGACAUGAGAGCACGUGAGCACAGUGGUCAAAAACAUCAGUUCUGCACAUGUUUACAUGGAAAAAGAAAACUACGGCUUUUUGUAUGAACAGCCCUUCACAUUUUUGAAUGUGAUUGAAUUUGUAUAAACAUGCUAUUUACAUAAAAAGGAAUGGAGUAUAAUUUACAGUAUAAUUUUCAGUCAUCAUUUAGUAUAACAUAAAUAUGUAAAAAUGAAAUAACAUUAUGACCAAGUCUUUAUUCAAAUACAUACACUACCUGACAAAAGUCUUGUCGCCUAUCCAAGUUUUAGGAACAACAAAUAAUAACUUGACUUCUAGUCAGAAGUAGUUUAUAUGAAAGGCUAAGGCCUCUAGUUUAUGCUUAUUUUACCAAAAUAAAAUAUGAUCAUGCCUUGAUUUUUAAUUAUUUAAUUAGGACAGUAAGGUCUGACUUUGCUUAGACAAAAGUCUCAUCGCCUAACAGAAAUAAUGUACAGUAUAGAAUAUAAAGUAAAAAAUAUAAAGUAAUGGUGCAGUGGAAAAAAUAUUUAAUAUUGUGUAUGACUGCCAUGAGCUUGGAGGACUGCAUCCAUACAUCUCUGCAAUGACUCAAACGUAUUAACUAAGUCAUCUGGAAUGGCAAAGAAAGUGUUCUUGCAGGACUCCCAGAUUUCAUCAAGAAUCUUUGGAUUCAUCUUCAAUGCCUUCUCCUCCAUCUUACCCCAGAUAUGCUCAAUAAUGUUCAUAUCUAGUGACUGGGCUGGCCAAUCCUGGAUCACCUGGACCUUCUUUGCUUUCAGGAACUUUGAUGUGGAGGCUGAAGUAUGAGAAGGAGCGCUAUCUUGCUGAAGAAUUUGCCCUCUCCUGUUAUUUGUAAUGUAAUGGGCAGCACAAAUGUCUUGAUACCUCAGGCUGUUGUUAUCCACUCUGCAGAUCUCUCACAUGCCCCCAUACUGAAUGUAACCCCAAACCAUAAUUUUUCCUUUACCAAACUUGACUGAUUUCUAUUAGAAUCUUGGGUCUAUGCAGGUUCCAAUAGGUCCUCAGCAGUAUCAGUGAUGAUUGGGAUGCAGUUCAACAGAUGAUUCAUCUGAAAACUAUACCUUCUGACACUUUUCCAAAUUAUCAACUAGAAGUCAAGGUAUUAUUUGUUGCUCUCACAACUGGGAUCGUCGACAAGACUUUUGUCUGGUAGUGUACAACAAGUGAUCAACCAAAAUUGUAUCAUAUUUUAAAUUAAAUACUUCUUGCUGACAAAUGGGUAAAGUCUAGUUGUUUGAAGGAUAGCAGCAAAAUAUAACGAUUUAAAAUUACAAUUAGUCAGAAUUUUGUGACCACUCUGGUCCUUAAAUAGAUUACAUUUUAAUAUGUAAUAAAAAUGAAUCUUGGCAAUGAUGCCUGAAAUUAUUUUUCUAGAGGGGGACAUAUAAAGUAUUGUUACACUGAAUGACAUUUUAAUGGGUAUCCUCCCUAAACAACAGCUAAAUUAAAGACUUUAUUAUUAUUAUUAUUGUAUUUUGGUCAGAAAAAACGCACACUCUGAUACUUGAAAACCCCUUUUUGUCUUUGACCCACAUACAACCCACUUGGCAACCAAUAUUUUAACAACUCAUAAUACAGUCUAAUACAAUUCAAUAAACGCUGUAAAAUAUUAUUCAUUUGUUAGAUCAUGACACCUAAAGCAUCAACCAAUGUUAAACUGAGCCUUGACUCUAAAGUAUUACUUGGGUGUCAUUUACACUCAUGUGUUCUCAUUUUAAAACACUCAAGUUUUGUUACGGUUAGGCCUGGCAUCCACACUACUCUGGCAUCUUUGACCCACAGAAACUGAACACUUUGAGAACGCUAAAAACCCCCAUUUUAUUUUGCAAAUGUUCAAACCAAUCAAAAAGCUA